CGGAUGCCUCGUUGUUCACCGCACCUAAAAAGCAAACGGUACUUUGAAAUGGGAGGACUGCGGGUCCUAGGGUUACUAGCUUUCGCCGUAUGCCUUUGCCAAGUACCGGUAUUGACGACUACCGCAAGCGCUCCCAAGGUAGCUCUCUAUUCCAGCGAGGCACGAAACGUGCUUGAUUUACAAUGGGACAACGGUCACCAAAACCUUGAUCGCCAACUGCGGCAGCUGGGUCUGACACUAGCCGCAGCGACUGAUGACCGACUGACCGGGCUAGACGCACCAAGCGCGUACAUCAUCCCAGCUCAGAAUGGGCGUAGUUUCUAUUCCACUACACAGAAUAUGCUCGAGGUGUCAUCUUACGUCUCUGCCGGGGGGCUCGUCAUCAUCUUGGAUGCCACUAGCGGCGAUGGGCAAGCAACUCGCGAAUUUGUUGCUUCCGCUCUUGGCUAUACAGGCAACUGGAAGCUUUGCGAGCGCACCGGGACGUCCGAAAGGGCUCGUCGCCUCAGUCGCCGGUCGCGGGCGCCGAUGUUAAGCGAGCAUGCGUACUCCUUUCUUAAGGACGGCGACUACGACGACAAUGCCUGGCCGCUUAUGCUUGAAGAUGCACACGUACUGACAACUCUGAACUGGUGUGAACACGAGGACCCGCGUGCGGUCGCCAUCCCUCUCUACACGCU